CUCAGGUCACACAGGAUGUCUGACACCGAGGAGCAGGAAUAUGAGGAGGAGCAGCCCGAAGAGGAGGCUGCGGAGGAGGAGGAGGAAGCCGCCGAGGAGCCGGAGCCGGUGGCAGAGCGAGAAGAGGAGCGGCCCAAACCAAGGCCUGUGGUCCCUCCUCUGAUUCCCCCGAAGAUCCCAGAAGGGGAACGUGUGGACUUCGAUGACAUCCACCGGAAGCGCAUGGAGAAGGAUCUGCUGGAGCUGCAGACGCUCAUUGACGUGCAUUUUGAGCAGCGGAAGAAGGAGGAAGAGGAGCUCAUAGCGCUGAAAGAGCGCAUUGAGCGGCGCCGGGCAGAGAGAGCAGAACAACAGCGCUUCAGAACCGAGAAGGAGCGCGAGCGUCAGGCUAAGCUGGCGGAGGAGAAAAUGCGGAAGGAGGAAGAAGAGGCCAAGAAGCGGGCUGAGGAUGAUGCCAAAAAGAAGAAGGUUCUAUCCAACAUGGGAGCCCAUUUUGGGGGUUACCUGGUCAAGGCAGAACAAAAGCGUGGUAAGCGCCAGACAGGCCGAGAGAUGAAACUACGCAUCCUGUCUGAGCGUAAAAAGCCUCUGAACAUCGACCACAUGGGAGAAGACCAACUCCGGGAGAAGGCCCAGGAGCUGUCGGACUGGAUCCACCAGCUGGAGUCCGAGAAGUUUGACCUUAUGGCGAAGCUGAAGCAGCAGAAGUAUGAGAUCAAUGUGCUGUACAACCGCAUCAGCCACGCCCAGAAGUUCCGGAAGGGGGCAGGGAAGGGCCGCGUUGGAGGCCGCUGGAAGUGAGGCCCUGGGGCUGGAGCCAGAGCCCUGGGAGGACCUGUCCCGUCUCUGCGGUUUGAAAUAAAUGCUCCGCUUACAGACA